GACAACCCAAUGAUGCCUGUUGUCUAUAACCACCGGAUCAAGGUUGAUGUUGAUACAGCAGAUAAGGAAGAGUGGAUCAGUACAGGUCUCUACCUCUCUCCUGGUAUGAAGACCUACAUCGCUAUACCACCUCAGAUUGUCAAAAAGAAUUGGAAGAUUCAGAUAGGAUGUCAAACUGAUUCUCUGCACAAGAACGAUGUCCUGAAGAGACCACCGUCUGUCCAUGAGCGAUUUCCUGUCACCUCAGAGAUGAUACAAGUCUGGAACCUUUGGGGAGGACUCAUCUACCUGGUGGCCCCACCCAAAACACAAGUGAAGGGGUUGGAGGUCACAGCACAGAUGGCUGUACCUGCUCCAUAUUAUAAGACUGGUGUAACAACUGCAGCUGAGUGGUCGUCGCUGCGCACAGCUCCUUCACCCUGGGCAGAGUUGGAGUUUGAAAACAUCAUCCUCACCGUACCAUCAGAUGCUGUUCGAGGUCUGGAGCGCCCUGACAAGGUGGCUGCUCUGUGGGAUGAAAUCAUGAGGGCCAUUGCAGAUCUGGCUGCCAAACCACACAAAUUUCCCCGCAAGGAGCGCUUUGUGGCAGAUGU